AUGGGUACCAAAACCAGGUCACUCGAGCCUACAUUCGUGGUUCGCAGCUUCCAGGGCGCGCGUUCUCAACUUCAAUUAGAGUCGCGCCCGAUGUCGAGAGCUUCGUCUCAAAGUACCGAUAAGGGCGAAACAAAGGCAACUCCAUCAAACGGCCAGCUUCACGUCUUCUCGCUUUCGAACCGACCCAAGCAGAGCCGUGCGAGCGCGCCCAAGACCCGGAAUGGGUGUAAAGAAUGCAGGUACGUUUAUGUCAACUCUCUUAUGCUCGUCUUUGAUUCGCCCCCGUCCUCGUUCCUCGUAACGGUUCCCACCCUUGAUGAGGAGAAUACGGGUCUCACGUGGUGUCGCACAUGUAGGAGACGCCACAUCAAGUGUGACUUGGCCAGACCACACUGCAUGAAAUGCGUCAAAUCAAACCGUAUCUGCGAGGGCUACCUCGACUCGGGACUGCGUCUCACGACACAGAGACAUAGUCAAGUCCAUAUCACUUCCCGUCCAGCCGGCGGCGGCAGCUGUGGCGAUGGCGGGCAUAUCACCCUUACCGCACAGCGCCGGACCCCCGACCACCGCGUCCUCAUCACCCCGGGCUACGAGACGGCCCUCUUCCAGAACCAGCGGCAGUGGGACUCGUUCCAGUCCUUCAUCGUGAACCUUGAGCAGGGCGCCACCGUGCUCAAGAACCACGUGGCGGAGAUGACGCCGCAGUACGCCAACCACGAGAUCGCCAUCCGGGAAAUCUGCUCCGGCAUCGGGGCCCUUGGGAAAGCCUUCCACCCAGUCGUCGGCGACAAGCUCGUCAGCGCAGAGUACCGCGCCGCGCUGGAACACUACGGCCACGCCGUCAAAGCCGUCUUCAGCGUGAAGGCGACGACGUAUACGCUGCCGUAUAUGGUGCUGACGUCGAUGCUGUUCACCACGUUUGAGAUGAUGGCGGGGAACCCGGAAGCUGCGUCGAAGCAUCAUAACCAUGCCGUGGCUAUGAUGGAUCAGUUUAUCAGUCUUCGGUUGGAGGAGGAUGGCGUGCCGUUUGAAGAGGUUCGGCUUUCUGAGCUCGAGUCUGCGCUGUUCGAUACCUUGCAGAGACUCGAUACGCAUCCGUGGGCACAAGGGUUCGGGCCAGAAGGGAUCCGCGUCACGGCGCAGGCGCGCAACUUCCCGCACGGGUGCAGACACAGAUACAGGAUGGAAGACAUGCCGUCGAGCCUCACCAACAUCACCGAAGCAUCGCGAUGGUGGCAUCUAACGCAGCACGCCAUGAUGCACUCUCUCCACGGUCUCAAAUCCAAAUCCCCCAACAAGCCCUCCGACGACCCCUCCAACGACGCCGCCAUCUGGAAGGAGUCGGCUAACCUCCUCCAAACCUGGCACGCCAGCUUCUUCCCCCUCUUGCAAACCUCACGCCAGCAACGCGACCGCAACCCGCACCGCUGGUUCCAGGCCAUGACCCUCGAGUCCCUCUACGUCGAGAACCUGGCUGCCAUCUACAAGCGUCACAGGCUCGACGCCAACGUCCUCCCCGCCGUGACGCCGCUGUACCGCGACAUGAUCGGCCACGCGCUGCAGUUGACGCGGAAGGAGAAGCUCAACGGACUGGAGACGCUGGUGCUCGAGAACGACCUCAUCCGGCCGAUGGCGUUUAUAGUGUACAAGUCGCGGGCGGACCCGGAGAUUAUGGACGGGGUGACGGGCGUGUUGCAGGAGCUUGUGGGGGGCGUUGGUAUGGCGGAGUCGUUGUUGUAUGUUUUUGGGUGCAGAGAGAAGAAGAUUCCUGUGAUUGCGCUCGAGAGGGCUUGGGGGUGGUAUUUUACGUCGUCGGGGGUUUCGUCUGGGGCGAAUUGUCUCGAGUACCUGACUUGA